UUGCUUUGGUUUCUCUUUCAUUGUAAAGUCCUCCCACUGUGCAGAGGACUGCCUGGCAGGUGGGAAAAGCAGCAGUAGCCCCAGAGGCACAGAGAGAUGGCUUUCAGCAGUGCCCAGCCUCCUUACCUGAACCCGAGCGUCCCUUUCCAGGGGACAAUCCUAGGGGGCCUCCAGGAUGGACUUCAGAUCAUCAUCAAGGGGGCCGUUCUUUCCUCCAGUGGAUCCAGGUUUUCCGUGAACUUUCAGACUGGUAGCGAUGAAAAGGACAUUGCCUUCCACUUCAACCCUCGGUUUGAAGAAGGUGGGUAUGUGGUCUGCAAUACAAAGCAGAAAGGAUCCUGGGGGCCCGAGGAGAGGAAGAUGCAAAUGCCUUUCCAGAAGGGGCAGCCCUUUGAGAUCUGUGUCCUGGUGCAGAGCCCGGAUUUCAAGGUGGCGGUGAACGGGAGCCAUUUCCUGCAGUACUCACAUCGCGUGCCCUUCCACCGCGCGGACACCAUUUCGGUCCAAGGUGCUCUGCGGCUAUACUCCAUCGAGUUCCAGCAGAACAGUGGUGCUGCCCCUGUCCAGCCCGUCUUCUCCACAGUGCACUUCUCGCAGCCUGCCCGUUUCCCCCCCAAGCCCAAGGGGCGCAGACCAAAACCUCCAGACAUUUGGUCUGUCAACUCGGCUCCCAUUGGUCAAACAAUCAUUCACACAAUGCACAGCACCCCUGGAUGGGUAUUCCCUAAUCCUACAAUCCCACCUAUGGUGUACUCCAGUCCCAGUCCAACUUAUCUGGUGCCUUACUUCACUGCCAUCCCCGGUGGGCUGUACCCAUCCAAGUCCAUCAUUGUGUCGGGCACCAUCCUGCCCAAUGCCCAGAGGUUUCACAUUAACCUGCGCUCUGGGAGUGACAUCGCCUUUCACCUGAACCCCCGCUUCAACGAGAACACUGUGGUCCGCAACACCCAGAUCAACAGUUCUUGGGGAUCUGAGGAACGCUGGCUGCCUGGGAAAAUGCCCUUCAACCGCGGCCAGAACUUCUUGGUGCAGAUAUUGUGCGAAAGCUUCUGCUUCAGAGUGGCCGUGAACAACCAGCACUUGUGUGAAUACAACCAUCGCCUGAAGAACCUGCCGGCCAUCAACAGCUUGGAAGUGGCGGGUGAUAUCCAGCUGACCCAUGUGCAGGCAUAAGAAGACCCUGGACUCUUAGCUGGUGGUCUGGGGUGCAUUCCUGUCUGGUCUCCUCGUCAUUCAACUCCACUACCCCUGUCCCAGCCCCAGCUCAGCCCUUUCCAUCCAGCCUGUGACCUGGGGCUUUUCUGGAAGACCAUGCCUUGUCUGGCCCUGCUCUGGGCAGCAGCCAGCCUGGAAGGGAAACCCAGCUGGCCAGAUUGGCCUUCCUCAGUCAGCAGUGCCUGAGGCUCCAGCUGCCCAAAUCCUACCAUCCGAUGAGAGGGGUACAGUUGGAGGCCCUCUGUGCAGGCUGAGGCCCCACGUUCAGUCCAUCAGCAGGGUGGAAGAGUCCUGAGCCUUCCCAAUCUCCCCGCACAGGCUUUCCCUCCUCCUCUUUCUCUUAACCACAUCCAGCACCCCACUGGACUCCUUCCCAACCCCCAAGUUACCAGCAGUACACUCCAGGUGGGAGGUGAUUUCAGCCCCUCCCUUUCUCUGACCUUUAGCCUACACCCUUAGCCUGUACCAAUAUUACAUCCUCUCCAGGAUGCCUACGCUGGUGAUGCCCCAAUAACCUCCACCCAACUGACCUGACCUUUCCCAUUGUCACUGGAAUAAAUAAAAAUGCUUACCAGAACAGAGGCAUGGAAUUGUGUAAGGGAAUUAAGGAAAAAAAAUCGAGGUACCUGAUAAUAUCUGAAAUGGCCAUUUUGAGGACUGGGUGUGAUUUCUUGUUUGCUGGUUCUGUUUUCACCCUAGCAGCAGCUAUCUUCUGUAGUAUUUCUAAGAGAUGAAUGUCCAGAAAUGAUGAUGUAAGUAUACUUCAACCCCCCCAUCAUAUACCUUUUUAAUCGCCACACUGAAACCAAUAUAAGAGACAUAUACCCUUUUUAGCCAGUUGUCUUACAGAGCUUA